AUGGUAGUGCAACGUCGACCUAUGGAUGUGGAAGCUGAAUUGCCUACAGCCGUCUACGCGUUGAAUCUACAACGUGUGAGCCAGUUGCUAUGCAUUCCCGAGACCGAGCUCCUCUCUGGUUUCCAAGCAAAUCCGACGCGCUCCGAGAUUCAAGGCGUAAUCGUUGAUGCGGGCGAGAACGUGCCGUUUGAGACGGUCGGACAUGAUGCUGCGAGCGUUCCGUUAAAUGAGCAAGUGAUAGUGGACGUUGAUGAGAAUAUGAGUGGCCGUCCUUGCUCCAACGUGCUGUCUCCACUGCCUCCACUACCUCCUGGCCGCUCCAUAGCUUCGGCCCCAUUGGCCGUGACCCCCGCGUCACGACAUCUUGCAGUACGCCAAGUUCUUCUCACAGCAGCAGUACGACCUAGUAGUCUUGACGAGAAUCAAAGACCAAAGUGCCUAAUUCAGUUGGGACAGCAGACGAUUAUCAGUCACAUCCUUACGCAGCUCUACGCUGCCGGUGUAGAGCGUGUCGUGGUCUCAGUGGCUGCAGCAGGCGGCCAGAUUAUGGCUGCAGUAAAGCAAACCCCUUUUUACACAAAAAUGAGGAUUGAGUUCUUGGACUUGGGCAGGGACAACAAUGAUGGACACGCGCGCUCCAUCCUGGCAGCCAAAAGCAUUUUCUCAGGCCCGGAGCCGUUCCUUAUCCAUACCGCCGACCAUAUCUUCGAUAAAUCGGUGAUGUCCAGGCUAUCUGCGUAUCCGCUAGGAGACGCAGUUGCGUGUGUGCUUGUGGAAACGGACAUUACCGAGAUGACAGGUCUGCCACCGACAACCGUCAAGGUGAAGGUAAAUGAGGAUCACCAACAUGUGACGCACAUUGGCCGUGACCUGAAGGUAUACGACGGUAUCGAUGCUGGGUUGUUCUUGACCUCACCAGAUAUUUUCGAUGCAUUGGAUGAACUUGCUGAACAAAAGAGCUACUUUUCCCUCGCUGAAGCGCUCGAUAGUUUUACCUCCAAAUCUUCUGACGGAAGUAACAUGACAGAUUCAAACUCAAGCCGGCUAAUUUACCUCCCAACUGCUGGAGAGACAUGGUUUAGUAUUGAAACGGAAGAGCAAUUAGCGUACACGCAAGAUACCGAUGGUACGGCUGUACUAUCUCCUUGGACGGUUUUUUUGGCCUCAACGCCUGUUGGAGACCCAUCACUCACAAAAAACAUGGUUAUUGGAGUGUCAGCACCACACCCGGACUUGUCCCUUCGUGUUGCUGGUAACACAGACAGCUCAAAGCUCUUCAAGGGUUUUGUCGUGGGCGUAAAUAAUGCGGAUUGUCCGGAGGAUGAUGAUGAAGGGGCUGAUGCGAACAUGGAGGCUUCCACCCCUAGCAAUGCUUAUGAUUCGGAGUCUCGACUGCUAUUAUCGUGCAAUGCCGCGCGGUCGAAAGGACUGGGGUCGAACCAUUCUGCAAGGUCUCCACUCUCCACGCGGUCGAAAGGACUGUGGCCGAAUUACUCUGCGAGAUCUCCAUUCUCCACGCGUUCGUUUGUGGAUAGUAAAGGUCCAGCGUUUGAAAGUGACGAGCUGUCUCCCUUUGUGUUAUUGUUUCCGAUGGAUGACGAAACUUGUAAGGCGGUGGAGAAGGUAAACUCCAAUCACCACGCGUACCUGUUUGAAAUGACUCCAAGUGAUCCUUCUGGUAGUUUGCCCCCUGGGACGAGUUUGUCCGAGUUCUUGUUAGCUGUGCCCGGCAAACAUGAGCUCAAUUAUAAUGAGGACGAAGCCGAUAUUGAAGGGAGCUCAGUAACUCCACAGACAACAAUGGCACCGCUCCACAUGGCAACAAUCCUACCAUCGGAUAUCACACAAAUUUCGUUGAACACACGGGGAUACGAAGAAAAUCUUGAGGUGACAGUCGUGGUGAAGCGGGAGGCACCGAUCAUUGGCUACAUGUUGCUGCUGUCGUCACUAUUUACAAUUUCUUCCGUGGGCGUUGCUUUGGAUGAGGUUAAUAAUGUCAUUACGCCCGUGAUUCGUAUUUUCUGGCGCAAUACGGCCACGUCAAUGGUCACAUUUCCUUUUGCACUGAUGAUUCUACUUCGCAGUCGUCAUGAACCUGGUGACUUCCAUUGGAAAGAGCUGGUCCCUUCCCUUAUUAUAGCUGGCAUGGCGUACGCAUUCUUUCUCGGGUCGUUUGUUGUAGCGCUGUCAAUAACGUCUGUUGGCCACGCCACAUUAUUUAAUAAUGCACACUCAAUGCUGCUUGUGUUUUGGAAGCUUGCGCAACGAAAGCCCGUAGCUCCAUUUGAGGCUUUGGGUGCUGCUAUUGGUGUUGUUGGCGGUGGUAUUACUACGUUGGACAAGACAAAGGGGGGCCCCAACAUUGUGUCACCCUCCGCGGCUGGAGAUCUAGUAGCACUUGCUGGCGCCGCUGGAGGAGCAAUUUACUUCAAGUUGGCUAAAAAGACGCGCCCACAAAUGCAUCUGCUUGUGUUUUUGUGUGGUCUCGCAGCCACAUCAGCCGCAACGCUGCUAAUGUACAUGUUGAUGUCGGGUCAAGACCUGAGUUUAUCUACCGAUCCGUAUAAUGGUAUUUUUGGAUGGUUGACCCCGUCUAUGAACCGACUCGUCGUGGUGCUUUACCUUGUCUUCAUCUGCGAUUGCAUUGGCACAAUGGGUUAUAUUGGAGUGAUGAAGUACUUUGACCCAAUUGUCGUGUCGGUAGUUUGCUUAAUGGAGCCGAUUGUGGCCACGGCACAGGGCAUCGUCAUGGGUGUUGAUGCCAUGCCUGGACUAUUAACUUUUGUGGGUGCUGCACUUGUUAUAGGCGGCACUGCCCUCGUGCUUUGCUCGCAAAGUUGCAAGACAGAAAAAGUUGACGCCACUGAAGCUGUCAUAGCGUCGAACGCUACUCCACGUGCAAUGUUUAGUACGCGCUUGCGAAAGCGGACGCCACGAUAUGGCAGCACGCUCCACUAG